AUGUCAGAAACGGCAGACUUACGAUCAUUCACUUCAGGGUUGAAUGAGCUAGAAGGUUAUGCGGAUUAUGAAGAGGAAGAGCAAGAAUAUAACGAAGAAGAUGAGGAGGAGGAGGAGGAGGAGGAAGAGGAGAAAGAUGAGACGAUACAAAAUGAGGAAUCACAAUUUCUCGAUCCGACCUACCUCAACAACCAGGUUUUCUACCGUGACCUUCCUCCAAACAUGACCCCUGCUAUGCUCCGGAGAAUAAUAUCAGUUGAACUGGAAAGGCUAAAAGGUAUGCAACCAUCGGAAUUCGUUGAAAAAAUGGAAGAAUUGAAACACCUUCAUAAUCAGAUCUACGAGACAGCUGAUAAAUUUAUUAAACAAGUGGUAUCGCAAAUCCCUUUCAUUACACCCAUUUUCAAACAUGUGAGUGAGUAUGAUCAACAGGCCUGUGAUAAAGUUCUUGCUGCUGCCGACAAGGAUUGGGAUAAUGCCGGAAUCACUAUUGAAGACCGCGAGGCUCUAUUAACCAGUCUCAAAGAUCGCAUGGUAGAAUCUGCUCAAAUCAACUUCGACUUCACUCACCAAAUUAGUUACAUUGCCAGCCCUCUGACUGUUUGGCGUCUGAACGCAUGUACAGCCGUCUGGGCAGGCAACAACGAGUUGCUGAAUGCGCACAAAGUUACGCCUUUCCUAUUAGACGAGGCGGAGACAGGUAGACGACAAGGGAGGGAGGAGGAGGAGUUGGCUCAAAAGGGAGGGGUACCGGGCGCAGAAGACCCUGCGGCAGUGGCAGUGGAAGAGGAGGCAGAGGAGGCGCAGCGAGAAGCGGAUGCUGCGGAGCGGGCGAGAUCGGCGGAAGCGAUGUAUGUGGAGGGACAGUUGGAUCCGGAGGAGAUCGCCUCAGCAGAGCGACCGCCACUUAAGGAGUGGAUAAAAUAUGUCUAUACAAUUGGAGAGGGAGCAGAACAGCGGGUGAUUUGCUACGUUCGUGCUCCUUCAGACUGUCUGGUCAGCCGAGACAGGCUGAUUUGCAGCUAUGCCAAUACGUUGGCACAGUGGCCCGAUCUGCCCGGUAACGCCGAGCCAAAUGAGCCCUGGAUUGUGGGCAUUCCACAUAAAUAUGGUAAGAAUCCUACCAGAGAAGUGGUUGUCUUCACCACGGAGGCUGGAGAAUCGGGACCAGAGAAACCGAGGUUUCGGAAGAUAUUCGACGCUAAUGAGGACCCAGAGCCUCCUCAAUCACCCUGGGUGGAUCUUCAGACUGCAGACAUGGCGUAUGAAGACUCGCGGUACCUGGAAUUUAAACUGUCACGUCUCGUCGCACCCAUUGCCUUGGCACCCGCAGCUCGAAUCCGUCGUGAUAUCGGAGAAUUCGGUCGAGGGGGUGGUAAACUCACCUCACUGGUGGAUAAGCGAGUUAUGCUGAUCCUUCCCUCUGGAGCGUUAAAAAUCGCCUGCACCUACUCCAUUCAGGUUCAACCCAUCAGCCAGCAUCAUGCCCAUCUCCUUCGUGAUCAAAACUUGUCCUUCAUGUCCCAGUUCAUAGCCUGCAGUCCACUCGUUAUCCUCACCGGAUCAAAGAAGAUUCUCUUUAAACCGGGAAUAUUCACUCUACCCCUGACGGAUGCCAAUCCAUCCAAUCAGGUGAUCAUUAUGUCCAAUGCCUCCAUGCCUGAUGCCUUUUUGGGUCACAAAAAGCCCAAGGGUCACAGAGAGGCCAAUUCUGAGAGUGAAGCUCACGAUGGGGAAAAUGGUGAUGAUGAUGAUGAUGAGGAGGAGGAGGAGGAGGAGUCUGAGCAUUUUAGUGAAGGCGGUAACAGCCCUCGUGAACUGGAUCCGUUCCAGCGUUCUCUCCUUCUACCCAAGUUGCUUGCAGGUGCCAAUUCUAGUCAUUCUGAGGUCAAUCUGGUCUACUCUGGUAUAGAAGACUCUAACUGGAAGAUUUGGGACAAUGUGGACCUUGUGGAGACCAAAAAUGUCGAUAUUUGCACCUUCAGCUUCAAUCGUAUUAUUCCUCGAAAGACAGUUGUCGACAGCGAUAGUCUGAUUCAAAUGGCUCAGGUGUUGGAACGUAGCCUCUCUCAGCGCAUUGUCUUUGCCUGCCUACGACAAAACAAACAGCAGCCGAGCCGGGUCUGCUUUGCCAUCUGCCUCACACAGGACCUUGAAAAGAUUCUGAGUCAGAUGGCGGCUAGGGGGUUCACAGAGGGCGGUAAACCCAUCGGUCCACUGUUUGUCUACGAGAGGCAACAAUUUGAUGUCGCGUUAAAGGGCAAUAUUCGUCCCAAGAGAGAAAGCACAGGACGCAGCUCUAUUCAACUGGACACGGAGAAGGGGAAGAUGAGGAUAACUUUUAACACAUCGCUGCGAAAUGAGUACACUGUUGAAGUAGAAGAAUUUGAUUCAAGCGCUCAGGUGGCUUGUGAGAAAUAUCGAGGGUUCGUUGAAAUCUCUUACAAGCAGUUGACCAAGGUCUCCGUAAAGCGAGGCAAGGGUAGAAGUAAUCCCGUGGGACAGAAAAAAAAUUCAAUGGAACUUCAAACGGUUCUACUAUGCCAACUUCUCGUAACAUUACCCAAAAAGGCGAUCGAGGUUGACGUGGAUAAGAAUAUCCUCUCUUAUCGCUUUGACUCCAAAGAUGCCGUGACGAAUGAAGUACUUCAAGAGCUAGCUCAGAAGCUCCCUGGUGAGACUUGGAGACGGCUGGGUGUGGCGCUGGAUCUUUCUAGGACUCAGCUUCAAGCGAUUGGAGGAAGGGCUGACUCCUCCAGAAAGAACAGGGCUCUGACGAUGCUGAGAAGUUGGAUUAAAAACCUCGAACUCAGAGUGAAUAGGGUGAGCAAUCCGCCAUACUUAAAUUAG